CAAGGGAGGGAGUUCGUAAUAACCUCAACCUACAUGCCGGAGGCCGAGGACCCACCCCCUGCUGAGCUCGCCAGGUUAACUCACUAUUGUGAGUCAGCGGGUCUGGAGAUCCUGAUUGGCGCCGAUACAAAUGCCCACCACCAGCUGUGGGGCAUGGAUAGAAGCAACGACAGAGGUAUUACGGACAGCCCCCUAUGCAGAGCGUGCAUGGGUGACGAAGAAACAGCAUCCCACGUGAUACUGCACUGCCCAGCAGUGCAAGAGUACAGGGUAAAGCAUCUCGGAUCGCCGAGAACACUCCCAGAGAUCACCGACAACAUAAAAGGGUUGCUGGGAUUCUUUGGAGAGUUGGGUUGGCUGGAGUGA